CAAGUCUUCGAAAGUCAUAGCAACAAAUCACCCCUUAUAUAUAGCUUAACUAUACUAUAUAAAUCGCAGCUAUAAAAGAGAAACAUGUUUACACUGCGCCGGUUCAGUCAGCGUUUGUACCCAAAACAAAUUCAGCACUUGAAAAUGUCACAUGUCGGUGAACUGGGAAGUGGAGCAGGCAAAGGAGGUGGUGGCGGUGGUUCUAUUCGCGAGGCAGGAGGUUCCUUUGGAAAAAUGGAGGCUGCACGCGAGGAGGAAUUCUUCUAUAAGCAGCAAAAAGAACAGCUGAAGAAUCUGAAGACCAAAACAGAUACCAAGGCACCUGAGGCUCCCAAGAAGUGAAUUGUUUUAAAAGUAGAUUCAGCUUAGUAACACAUUAUUUUACAGUCUGAUUUGUAUUUAUAAACAAUGUUUUUUGAAAUAAAAUAUAUGCAUUAGGCUCUAUUAAAAAUGUA